AUGAGCUACAACGUGCUAUUGUCCUCUCCGGGCUCAGUACAGGAAACGCAGCUGCUCACUCAGGUGCCGGAGGAGGACUGGGCUUUGGCUCCUGACGCGGAGACUGUGGCGAGCCUUAUACCCGCCACGGCUAACGACGCGCUUCGGCGUAUCGAUUUUCGGAGGGAUGGACCGUCUGUUGUGAAGCUCGGCAGGGCGCCUGCUCCCGAUCGUAUAAGCUUUCCUCGCUGUGCCGUUAUGUCUGCAUGCCACUGCAAGAUAGAGUGGAGUGUGGGUCCACGCGGGCUGAUCACGUUCACCAUCAAAGACCUGUCUAGUAACGGGACAUACAUUAAUAGCGUCAAGAGGACCAAGGGCGAAGCGGGCUGCCUGAGCCACGGCGACACUGUAUGGCUCGGAAACCCCGAUACUACGUUCCAUUUCCACCAGUACCUAGGACUGGUGCCACAGUGCGCUAUCUACGACGACUACGAUAUCAAGGACGAAUUGGGUCAAGGGUCGUACGCUGUUGUCCGUCGUGGUAUCAACCGCCGCACCGGAAAGGAGGUCGCGGUGAAGAUCAGCGACUGCACGCAGUACUUGCGGACCCCAGAAGGCCGAAAGAAGAUGCUGCGCGAGAUCACUAUUAUGAGGACGGUCCGGCAUCCUAACGUCAUCCAUAUGUUCGACGACUAUCUGGACGAACCGCACAAGAGACUGUAUCUGGUGCUGGAACUGAUGGGCGGCGAGACUCUUCUGCAGCUCAUCUCAGCGGGCUGGGAAUCUGAUGGUACAUAUUACUUCGAUGAGCUCACAGCCCGGUCAUACGCAUCUCAGCUGGUCGACGCUCUCGAGUAUCUACACAGUCGUCGGAUCAUCCACCGCGACCUGAAGCCCGAGAACAUCUUGUUGACCGGCGACCUGCAGACCGUCAAGGUCGCCGACUUCGGCGUAUCCAAGAUCGACAACACGGCUUCUGGCGUGCACACUCUGACGGGUACACCGGACUACCUCGCGCCGGAAAUCCUCACAGGGCUGCCGUACAGCGACUCGGUGGACUCCUACAGCUUGGGGCUCGUAGUGUACAACUUGUUGACGGGCUCUGAGGCUUUCGCGUACGCCGAUGCGGGGAGGAAGCCAACUGACAUUCACGCCCAAGUUCGGCAACGGAAGGUGAAGUGGGCAGCCCUCGAAAUGAACGAGUAUCUCAGUACCCAGUCCGUCGACUUCGUCAAACGCCUCGUAGUCUCCAACCCCACAGACCGCAUGAGCAUGACCGAAGCCAAACAACACCCCUGGAUCCUCUCCCAAUACCGCUCCGACGACCCAUACGCAUACGCCAGCACCCAAGCCUCCUCCUCCAACUCUCCCUCCAACUCCCAAGAGCUAUCUCGAGUCGACAUGUCCCUCGACGGCCCGAGCUUCUCCAUACCCAGCGCGACGAGCUUCCUUUCCGAUGCAUCCGGCCCCGCACCGACGCCGCCGGAACCGGAUGUAGAUGCCACUCCGAGGCAGCCUGCAACGGAGGGAAAGGGCAAAGUGCGCGGAGCGAGUACGAGCCCCAAGAGCCGUAUGAUCCGUGGCAGGAACAGUAACGCCGAUCUGUCGAUGGCGUCUGCGCGCAGCGAGCCCCCCAUCACUCGGAAGGGAAAACGCCGGGCUGCGUCUGUCGAGCGUGAGGACGAGCCAGAUCGCGACGUUUUGCCUGUUCCCACUGGGACGAAGAAGCGUAAAGUCGCUGGACGGCGCGGAAGCCAGGAGGAUAGUGUGGAAUCUGUUGUGGAGGGACGGUCUGUGAGCCGGUCUAGGGUCGCUCCUGGUGAGCGGCCAUUGCAGAGGCGGAGGUCUGCGCGCUUGAGCAAGGAUGCUUGA